AUGCAGGAUUUGGGUGAGCCUGAGUGCUACUACUUUGAGGAGUAUGAGGCUCCAAGGAUGAACCCCUCUGUUGUGGCUGCCCACAAGAGGAUUGGACUUCUCCAAAGGUUCAACAAGUGGCAAGGGAAAGCCAUGGAAAAGAUGCAAAAGUCCAUGGACAAGAUGGUGAGCAAGAUCAAAAGUUUGGAGAAGAAAGUUUCUGGUUCUUCAAGCAAGAAGAAGAAGUCCAAGGCCCCCACUUUCCCUAGGAGUAGAUCACUCCUCACCACUCAAGGAGGCUCUCCCCAAGAGCCUCACAGAGCCUCUUCAUUUCGAGCCAAGGGAAGGGGAAGACAACUCACAGAGAAGGAGGAAGAGCUCCAAGGCCAGACGCUCCAGCUCGACCACCGGACUCGAUCGAGUCCAAACAGAGGAAACUCAACUCGAUCGAGCUGA